AUGAAGUCAAUUCUAAUUACUAUUCUCCUGCUGCUGCCAUUUGCAUACAGUGAUACUAGAGAAUGUGGAGCCGUGACUGCAACCCGUGAUGGUCUCAAAGCAGCUGCUCUGUGGACAGUUCAAAGCCAAAAAACUAUUCAGUAUACUCAGGAUAUCCCAACGCGCUGGUCCGGAAUUGAUAAUCAUACAUGUCCCUUUACGGAUGUGCCAGCUUACGCAGAUUGCAGCUCCUUCGUUACUUGGUUGUAUUGGAGUGCCUUCGGACUGGGUCCAGACUAUCUGAAUGGAGAAAAUUGGAGUGCUGGUUAUACGGGAUCAAUGGGCACCAAUGGAAUAACGGUUUCGCUCACCGAUGCUCAACCUGGGGGCGUUGUUUUAUAUGGCGUACCCCCAUAUGAUCAUGCUGUUAUGUAUAUUGGGGAUGAUGGGAAUGGCAACAACGGUGUUAGUUUUGGGAUAACCGGACCAGCAAUACUUCUCAACAUUAACUAUCGUAAUGACUUUGUUAUUGAAAGUUAUCCCAAUUUUUUCACUCAAAACUAA